UCUGUCUUAAUUCAUUUUUUCAUGCAGGGGUCUCACCAGGCUUGUUGCGCUAUUAAAGGGCUCGAUGUGUUCAGCAGAGCAAGGGAGAUUAAAGUGGAUCCUGACAAACCUCUAGAAGGUGUUCGGCUAGCUGCACUGCAGGCAAGGAAGACACUGUUGGUUCCAACACCGCGUUUGAGAACUGGGCUGUUUAAUAAGAUUGUUCCACCUUCAGGUGCAACUAAGGAAAUCCUACGGAUAUGUGCGACAUCUCAAGGUGUAAAAGAAUACAGUGUGCCUAUAGGUCUUGAUGGGAAAGCACGAGUGGACUUGGUGGUUGUAGGAUCAGUGGCUGUCUCUGAAAAAGGCUGGAGAAUUGGAAAAGGGGAAGGUUAUGCAGACAUGGAGUAUGCAAUGAUGGUGUCAAUGGGUGCAGUCCAGAAGGAUACACCUGUAAUUACUAUUGUGCAUGACUGCCAGGUCGUCGACAUAGCAGAAGAGCUUCUUGAUGACCAUGAUUUAACAGUGGAUUAUAUACUCACUCCAACAAGAACUAUCAAGACUGACUGCAAACGAUUGAAACCACAAGGAAUAAUAUGGCAUAAGGUCAGCUAUGAGAUGCUGGGAAAAAUCCCCAUCCUAAAGAGUCUUCGAUACAGAGAGAAGCAGGCAGGCAAAGACGUUACCCUCAAAGACGAACAUCCAGGCUUGGCAAAUGCUGACAAACCAGCAGCGUUAAAUGAGAAGGCAACGGCUGAAAAUACAAGACCGCAGGCUGCAACGGGCUCAGCUCAACUAAAACAACAAUAUGUUGAAAGCAAUUCUUUAAGUCCCAGAUUAGAGGGAUCUGGCGUGCUUACUACUGUGUAUGUGGGGAAUAUACCUCCCAGUACAAGAGUGAGCGAACUGAAAUAUGUUUUAAGGGAAAUCCAUGCAACUCCUUUACGACUGAAUUGGCAAGGAGCACAGCACAGGGCUUUUCUCGAUUACAAGGAUAAAGCAGCCGCGGAGAGUGCUGUAUCCUCUUUGAGAGGCUUGAGCCUUGGGGGUAAUACUUUGCGAGUUGAGCUGGCCAAGAAUCAGAGAAACAAAGGGCAAGUAGAAAUCAAUAGUCAGAAGUGAACGUGAAUAAAGGAGGAAAAAAAAAAAAAAAGACAUGUUUUCAUUGUUUUGUGAGAAGCCAACCUAAAUUUUCAAGGAUAUUAGUACAUCCUCUGACUUCUGCAGGCUGAACAACAAAGUACAAAGCUAACUUUUCAAACAAAUGAGGCACAGAUAUCACUGCUGACUUGCCUGUCUAAUUUCUGCAGUUGUAUACCCAAAGUGAAUUUACAAGGAUGGAUGACAGAAGGGCCGCUUCUCUAAACAGUUAUCCACAAAGUACCCACAUGUUGUGCUUUUGUUUUCCAUUGGCAUUGGGUUGCUUUGCUGUUUUCUGUGCUCAUUUGUUAAGCCUGGAUGAAAACCAUGCCCUUUGGUAGCCAUGUGCAGCCACAUGUAGUGAGAUGGUUAUCUCUUGUCACCUACAGAGUGUACUUGCAAAUUUGUAGCUGUGAGUUUAAAAGUCAACAGCUGAAAAGCUAUUUGAAGGAUUACAAUUUUGCUUGCUGAGAAAUGGAUUUUGCCUUUUAGAAGUUCUCAACUUUUUUUUUUUUUUAAUAAAAAGAGGAAGGAGAUUCCCAUUUUUGUGCUCUUGAAGAAGCAUUCUGAAAUGUUAUUUCUACAUGGCUCAGCCACUGAGUCCUGUAAUAGCUACUAACAUCAGGUGGAAAAGAGGGUAGCCCCUUCUCAGGUUUCUUGUGUUAAUUCAACCCUCUCUAAACCUUAUUUCAGUCUGGGAGAUGAAAGCAAAUACCAAUUUUUAUUCCCUACCUUUCCCCAAAAUGCUUUAGGUGCCUCUUUCCUGGAUGUAUAGACUUAAAAGCUAGAUAUUUGUCCUGAUUGUUGUCUCCUAUAGUUUGGUGCAACUCCAUUGCCUUAGUGAAAUUACGUUAAUGUAAUUAUUGCAGCAGAAAUGAAAAGCAGACAGACCAUGGUCAAAACUUGCUGGUGACUAGUCAGGUACUGAGGAGUUUGAAAAGUUACUGGAGAGAGUAGCAGAGCUUAUUCGUGUUGUGCCUUUGACUACCAAUGUGGUCUUUCUGCACCCACAACAUCAGAGGGUGGUGAGUGUUAGAGAGCAGCAGCACCGGAAAGUUUUCUUUAUAGGAAAGUGCUAGCUUGAACAGCAAGACUUGCACGCACAUGAUUAUUCACUUACAAAGUAAAGCUGAAUGAUGAUUUAUUUGGUAUGGCUUUUAUUAUAUUUUUUUCUUCAGUUCCUUAUUCCUGAAAAACAAGUUGAAUUUUGGCUGAACCAUCCUUUCUAAACAGAAGCACUUUUGCCAUUGAUGCUGGGCGCACAGUCAAAAUAAGCAUCUAAAUGGAUUUUUUUUUAAGUAUGAGUUGGAAACAUUUUUUUUAGUCAGAGGGUACUGUUAAGUAUAUUUUAAGCACGUUAUUAUGCCUCAAGGGUCAGACAUUUCGUACAGUAUUAAAUAAAAUGUUCUCAGCGUUAUCAUGUGCUCUGGGCACAGCAGCUCAAGCAAAGCAUUGCUUCAACUUCUUGUAAGGUCAACAAAGGGGAGGGCCUUCUCAGGAAGUACUGCUAUGUUCUCAAAUGCUCUCUUUUCUUCCAGCUCAAAAUUAUUUUCAGUAUAACUUAUCAAACAUAAGCACUGCAGAGUCCUCUAUCUUGUUUCAGCAGUUGUGCACUUCAUGGCUGAGUCGGGUUAUGUUACCACUUGAACAGACUUAUUACAGCAUAAGCUUAAAAAGUAGAGAAAGGAAAAGCAAAAAAAAAAAAAAAAACCCCAGACAUCACCCCUUCUCCAAAUGACUGCAAAUGAAAUAACAUGGUCAUUUGGUAUGCUCUUUGAUUCUUAUAAUACUGCAUGCUCUGGCGAAGAUGCCCAAGAAUGACCAGUUAAAAAGUAGUUAUUCUGCUAAUGAAAAUUUCCAUCAUCUCAAACUUCCCCUGUUGUAUUGCAGAUUGAACCAGCCUGCUCUGAUCAUAUUUGCAGGAAUUCCUUAUGCUGUCUUAUUUCCUUUCUUAAUGCCUAAAGUUUCAAUACAGAUAAGAAUAACCACUGUUGACCACUGGAGAGAAUGGCUUUGUGUUUUUUACUGAGGCAGAACUAGUCAAAGGAAAUUCAUAAGUGAGAAGUACUUUGCAUUUAUAUGUAAAUACAUAUUUGAAAGUACUUUAGCAAUUUUCUUCCUGCUAAUCCUGGUACUGUGGCAAGUCUGAGUUUUGAUUGCCAGAAGCCACAACACAUAGUUUAAGAUCAACGAACCUCUAAAAGCAGUGAAACAGAGGAAUUUAGUCUGGUCUUCUGCUAAUAUAAGGUUAUCAUGCACAUACUAGUGUUGCAUCUCUUUACUUUGCUCUCAACAUCAUAUGCCGUAGGUCGCCAGUUUUGUUUGGACAAACAUAGCUGGAUCUAGCUUCUCUUGAUGCUUUUUCUCUUCGCAGUUUUGGUUCCGUGUUCAACGUGUAACAUGAGUUAUGCUAGAUUUGUGUCUAAGUCACUUUUUUUCCAUCUUGUGUGUUGCAAGGCCAGAUUUCACAGUAAUAAGUAGUAUCUUGUUACCUUCCUAGUAGGUAAUUAACAGUCCAAAUCAGGCUGCUGGAAAGAUAUUAACUAGACAAAGGUAUGCUUCAGGGGGGAAAAAAAUAAUAAUAAUAAUUGCCACAAACUUAAGUUAACAGACUAUUCAUUAGCACUUUGCAUGGACUGGAAUAAUGCUACUGAUGCUACGAUAUUGUCUUUCCAACUUAAGCAGUCAUUUUUGAUUCAGGUUGUUAAUAAAUGUAACAUCCUUUGGGCCUUGCCAUCUUGAAGCCAUUAAAAUGGGUUCUUAAUUCAAGAUAGCAGCUGCUCCAGGUCAGUUUGGCAGCCUGUUGCAAACCCAUCUGUGUCAGCAGUUUCAGCUAAUCAGUAGCAACUGAGGUGCAGGUACAAGUUUUUCUGUCAUCUCUGCUUCAAGAGCAGCAAUCUUCAGGAAAGGAAUUAGUACAGGCAGCUGUUGAAGAUAAAGCCUGAAGCUGCAGAAAGUUCUCCAUGGUUCAGAGCUUUUGCAUAAGGUUAGUAAUGAGAAGUUGUGAAGUUACGUGAAGACAAAACACUAGUCCUCAGAAAUCAGAAGAUUAGACUGCCCUAAAAUCCUUACUGUGACCUACUUGUUUAUGUCAGCCUGCUUAGUUUCAUUAGGUUUUUUUUCUUAGCAAAUAUGACUCAAGAACAUACCAUCUUCCUUUUAAAGAUGACAGGCCAUAAAGAAUAUUCUGCCACAUAUGGGUUGCUAUAGGAUUCACACAGUGAAAACAAGAAUCGAUGUUGUAGGAACCUAAGUUCUGUUU